AUGGAAGUGAAAGCUCCCACUGAGCUAAGUUUCUGGGUAGUUAUUCAGGCGAUCCUCAUGCUGCUCAUUGGCUACUGUGCCGCAUGGACGACGUACAAUUUGUACUUUCAUCCCCUCAGUCGAUACCCAGGUCCCAAGCUGGCUGUGUGCUCCCUUCUUCCUCAUCUGCUCUGGGAUAUUCAAGGGAAGCAGCAUGCCGUUGUGAAAAGAUUGCACGACAAGUAUGGUGACGUAGUUCGCAUUGCCCCCAACACACUUGUCUAUCGUGCUUCGGCUGCCUGGAAGGAUAUUUAUGGUCAUCGAAAGAAGGGACAAAGGGUCUUUCUCAAAGAUCCUGCCCUAUACACGCCAACACCAAAUGGAGUCAAUGCCAUCAUCACUGCGAAUGAGCUGGAUCAUCAGCGCAUGCGUCGCUUGCUGACGCAUGCUUUUUCUAACAAGGCCCUUGGUGAGCAAGAAGGUAUUCUUCAUACCUAUGCGGACAUGCUGAUCAAUAAACUGGGCGAGGUUCUCUGCGGUUCGAGUUCGAGCUCUCCAGUCGUUGAUUUAACUCGUUGGUUCAACUUCACCACCUUCGAUCUGAUCGGCGACCUCGCUUUUGGAGAACCCUUCGAUUGUCUGGCGAAUAACAAAUAUCAUUGGUGGGUACUAAUCAUUCUAGAUGCUGUCAAGGCAAGUGCAUAUCUGAAAGUUUUCUGGUUUUAUCCGUUUCUGCUCCCGCUUUUUGCCCUCUUGGUUCCAAAGCAUUUACUUGAGAAGCGCAACGCCAGUUUCAAUCUCAGUGUCAAAAAAAUGCGCCGUCGCAUCAACAGCCGUACAACCAGGCCCGAUUUCACGUCUUAUAUCCUCAAACACAGCAAAGAUAGGAAGGGACUCUCGCAAUCUGAAAUUGAUGCCAAUGCUGCCGUCUUUGUGCUCGCUGGGAGUGAAACGACCGCUGCCCUCCUUUGCGGCUGCAUGUACUAUCUGCUAUGUGAACAAGAUAAAUACAUUCGACUGAUCAGUGAGAUUCGUGGCGCUUUUGAGAAGGCAUCGAAGAUCAACCUUACCGCCAUUGCAGAGUUUCCGUAUCUCAAUGCUGUUCUCACCGAGAGUCUCCGCAUUUACCCUCCUAUUCCUUCCAUGCUUCCUCGCAUCGUCCCGGCGGGCGGAGCAAUGAUCAAUGAGGGUUAUGUGCCCGAGGGUACAUCUGUCUCGAUCUCCUUGUAUUCUGCCCAUCGUGCAGCAACCAACUUCAAGGAUCCAGACUCCUUCGUCCCAGAGCGCUGGUUAGAUGGUCCCGAAUCUGAGCCUUACGCCUCAGAUAACAAGGAGGCUUUCAAUCCCUUCUCCUAUGGACCCCGCAAUUGUCUUGGACAGCACUUGGCAAAUGCCGAAAUGCGUUUGAUCCUUACCAAACUGCUCUGGCACUAUGACUUCACUCUUCAACCUGAGUGCUCGAACUGGGCGGCCCAAAACUCGUUCUCUCUUUGGUCGCGCCCACCUCUCAUGGUGAAGCUUUUCCGAGCUGGGUCUGAAAGAGAUACCGUGGUUUAA